CUCCCCUCUCUCUCUCUCUCUCUCUCUCUCUCUCUCUCUCUCUCUCUCUCUCUCUCUGGUCGCACAUGCGCACUCACUCUCUCCCACCACAUCACUCAUAGCUCCGGUAAACGAAAGGGCAGAGAGAGCGCGAGUGUCUCGGGAUAAUCCACGCACACACGCACGCACGGACACACACUCGCGCCGUGCAGCGCGCGAGAAUGAUGGAGGGAUAGAGCGGUGAUGGAGGGAUGAAGGAGGGAAGAACAGGAUGAAGUGUGUUGUGUUAGCGCUGUGGCUCGCGCUCGCAGCCGCCCAUGCGACUACUGAAGCUCCUGAGGAGUUCAUGUCUCUGGCUGAGUUGGAGGACACGCUGUUGAGGAAUCUGUUUAGAGGUUAUCAGAAGUGGGUGAGGCCUGUGCUUCACGCUAAUGACACCAUCAGCGUCCGCUUUGGCCUCAAGAUAUCACAGCUGGUGGAUGUGGAUGAAAAGAACCAGCUGAUGACUACUAAUGUCUGGCUGUGGCAGGAGUGGACGGACUAUAAGCUGCGCUGGGACCCGGAGGAUUAUGGGGGAAUUACGUCCAUAAGAGUGCCAUCAGAGAACAUCUGGCUGCCUGACAUCGUCCUCUAUGAGAAUGCCGACGGUCGUUUUGAGGGUUCUCUGAUGACCAAAGCCAUUGUUAGGUAUGACGGCACCAUCACGUGGACGCCUCCAGCCAGCUACAAGUCCUCUUGCACCAUGGACGUGACCUUCUUUCCCUUUGACCGGCAGAACUGCUCCAUGAAGUUCGGCUCGUGGACCUACGAUGGCACCAUGGUGGACCUGGCCCUGGUGGACCCCCACGUGGAUCGAAAGGACUUUUUCGACAACGGCGAGUGGGAGAUCCUGGACGCCACUGGGCGGCGGGGCAGCCGGCGAGAUGGCAUCUACUCCUACCCCUUCAUCACAUACUCCUUUAUCAUGAAACGCCUUCCUCUUUUCUACACGCUCUUCCUCAUCAUUCCCUGCCUCGGACUGUCCUUCCUCACCGUACUGGUAUUCUAUCUGCCAUCGGACGAAGGCGAGAAGCUCUCUCUCUCCACUUCCGUCCUGGUUUCACUCACAGUGUUCCUGCUCGUCAUUGAAGAGAUCAUCCCAUCCUCCUCCAAGGUCAUCCCACUGAUUGGCGAGUACCUGCUCUUCAUCAUGAUCUUCGUCACCUUCUCCAUCAUCGUCACCGUCUUCGUCAUCAACGUGCACCACCGCUCCUCGGCCACCUACCACCCCAUGGCACCGUGGGUGAAGAGCCUUUUCCUGCAGAAGCUGCCCAGGCUGCUGUGCAUGCAUGGCCACACUGACCGCUACAGAUACCCGGACAUGGAGCUGCGCAGUCCCGAGCUGAAGCGAGGGGUGAAGAGAGGGCAGCAGAGGAGUGCAGGAGGGGUUGGGGGGAAGGACGAUGAAAACCAGGCCUGGCUGUCCAUGCUGGAGAAAGCAACCAGCUCUGUGCGCUACAUAUCCAGACACAUCAGGAAAGAGCACUUCAUCAGAGAGGUGGUCCAAGACUGGAAAUUUGUGGCUCAAGUGUUAGACCGGAUCUUCCUGUGGGCCUUCCUCACUGUAUCCGUGCUCGGCACCAUCCUCAUCUUCACCCCGGCCCUGAAGAUGUACCUUAGCACGGCUCCUUAGAUACACAGAUAUACACCCACCAAAAAUGUAUACCAAUCCCAUUUAAACCAUCCUUACUAUGCACAUGUGAUAUUUACACCAACCCCACCACAGUCUUGCUUAAUGACACACCCCCAAAAUGUUAUAUUAUCCCCAUUACAACCCUCAUUAACUACACACCCCAGAAUUCUCUACCAAUCCCCAUUACAACCCUCAUUAACUACACACCCCAGAAUUCUACACCAAUCCCCAUAGAACCCCAAUUAACCACACACCCCAAAAAUGUAUACCAAUCCCCAUUACAACCCUCAUUAACUACACACCCCAGAAUUCUAUACCAAUCCCCAUUACAACCCUCAUUAACUACACACCCCAAAAUUCUAUACCAAUCCCCAUUACAACCCUCAUUAACCACACCCCAAAAUUCUACACCAAUCCCCAUAGAACCCCAAUUAACCACACACCCCAAAAAUGUAUACCAAUCCCCAUAGAACCCCCAUUAACCACACGCCCCAAAAAUGUAUACCAAUCCCCAUAGAACCCCCAUUAACCACACGCCCCAAAAAUGUAUACCAAUCCCCAUAGAACCCCCGUUAACCACACGCCCCAAAAAUGUAUACCAAUUCCCAUAAAACCCCCAUUAACCACACGCCCCAAAAAUGUAUACCAAUCCCCAUAGAACCCCCAUUAACCACACGCCCCAAAAAUGUAUACCAAUCCCCAUAGAACCCCCAUUAACCACACACCCCAAAAAUGUAUACCAAUCCCCAUAGAACCCCCAUUAACCACACACCCCAAAAAUGUAUACCAAUCCCCAUAGAACCCCCAUUAUCCACACGCCCCAAAAAUGUAUACCAAUCCCCAUAGAACCCUCAUUAACCACACGCCCCAAAAAUCUGUACUAAUCCCCAUACAACCCUGACUAACUACACACCCCAAAAUGUAUUCCAAUCCCCAUAGAACCCCCAUUAACCACACACCCCAAAAAUGUAUACCAAUCCCCAUGGAACCCCCAUUAACCACACACCCCAAAAAUGUAUACCAAUCCCCAUGGAACCCCCAUUAACCACACACCCCAAAAAUGUAUACCAAUCCCCAUAGAACCCCCAUUAUCCACACGCCCCAAAAAUGUAUACCAAUCCCCAUAGAACCCCCAUUAACCACACACCCCAAAAAUGUAUACCAAUCCCCAUAGAACCCUCAUUAACCACACGCCCCAAAAAUUUCUACUAAUCCCCAUACAACCCUGACUAACUACACACCCCAAAAAUGUAUACCAAUCCCCAUAGAACCCCCAUUAACCACACACCCCAAAAAUGUAUACCAAUCCCCAUACAACCUCCAUUAACCACACACUCCAAAAAUCUGUACUAAUUCCCAUUCAACCCUCAUUAACCACACGCCCCAAAAAUGUAUACCACUCCCCAUGCAACUCUCAUUAACCACAAGCUCCAAAAAUGUAUACCAAUCCCCAUAGAACCCCCAUUAACCACACACCCCAAACAUCAAUACAAAUCCCCAUACAAUUCUCAUUAACCACACACUCCAAAAAUGUAUACCAAUCCCCAUAUGACUCUCAUUAGACACACACCCCAAAUAUUUAUACUAACCCUAUUACAAACCUCUCUAACCACACUCUCCGAAAAUGUAUAUGAACCCCUUUAGAAACCUCUUUAAUCACCCACCCAAAAAUAUUAUACCAACCCCCUUACAAACCUCAUUAACCCCACAACCCUAGCAAUUAUACCAACCCCAUUACAAACCUCAUUAACCACACACCCCACAAAUUAUACCAAUCUCAUUAACCACCCCCCCAAAAAAAUUACACCAACCCCAUUACGAAUCUCAUUAAGCACCCCCCCCCAAAAAAAAAUUACACCAACCCCAUUACAAAUCUCAUUAACCACCCCCCCCAAAAAGAAUUACACCAUCCCCAUUACAAACCUCAUUAACCACACACCCCAAAAAUUAAACCAACCCCAUUACAAACCUCUUUAACCACACCCCCCAAAAAUUAUACCAACCCCAUUACAAACCUCUUUAACCACACCCCCCAAAAAUUAUACCAUCCCCAUUACAAACCUCAUUAACCACACACCCCAAAAAUUACACCAUCCCCAUUACAAACCUCAUUAACCACACACCCCAAAAAUUAAACCAACCCCAUUACAAACCUCAUUAACCACACCCCCCAAAAAUUAAACCAACCCCAUUACCAACCUCUUUAACUGCACCCCCCAAAAAUUAAACCAACCCCAUUACAAACCUCAUUAACCACACACCCCAAAAAUUAAAC